UACACGAUGACGAUAGAGAAGAGGGCGGGGCUAAAACAGGAGUUGCCAGCAUGGCGUUUACUCUUUACACCCUCAUCCAGACCGCUAUUCUAUGCAUCAAUGCCAUCGCCGUGUUGCAUGAAGAAAGGUUUCUCAGCAAAAUGGGAUGGGGUGCUGAUCAGGGAGUUGGAGGUUUCGGGGAUGAUCCAGGAGUCAAAGCUCAGAUACUGAAUCUCAUCCGAUCAGUUCGGACCGUCAUGAGAGUGCCCCUGAUAAUUGUGAACUCAUCGUGCAUCGUCCUGUUGCUGCUGUUUGGUUGACCACCAAACCUUACAGAUGAACUGAAAAAAGGAGCAUCUUUAAAAAUUCGACCUCACACUCUGAACAAUUUGUACUCCUCUUAAAGAUCUCUGUUGCUGUCCCCCAGCAGCAGAGCGGAAAAACCACUGGCUGCAAAAGAAAGACAGUAAAGCAAGAAAACGCGCUCAAAGGAAGAGGUUUUGAUUAAUCACCUUGUCAAAAAAGAUGGAUGGCGAUGACUUCCUCACCUGCUCACAUCCACAAAAAGA